AAUGCCCCGGUUGGGGCUGCGGCCGCCGGGCGGCGCUUGUCACCUCCUGUGGCUCCGCGGUGACCGGCGCUCCGGCCCCGAUAGCUGCGGGAAACCCGGGAGAUCCCAGGCGGAGCUGCUCGUGUUUUGAUGAAAAACCGCCGAUUUUCUGACUAGCUCUGGUAACGCUCAGAUAGAAUGACUGAAGCAAUUGAUACCCAGCAUGCCUUGCAGGCCGUGGAACGCCUACAGGCCAAGUUGAAGGCCCGGGGACAUGGUCCCAUGGAGGAGAAGCUCAGCCUACUCAAGGCUCUUCUCCUGAGCCCCCUGUUCCACCAGAUUCUCACCCUACAAUCUACAUCUGCCCAUGAAGAGUCCCACAGCCAGAAGGCCGCUUUAGCUGCAUCCAGCAGCUGUCCGGAGUUGAAUCCCGAAACUAGAGACUCUCAGGUGCGCUCUGCUGCGAGCAGCGAUUCAGGUCCCCGGGACAGCAGUCCUGCAGCUGCUGGGGACGCGUCGAUGCCCCCUUCACCCACACAGAGCAGCAGCGACCCCGUAGGGGCCCCUCCCAAGCCCCUCCUACUCCACAUGGCUCAGGGCUGCUACGUGACGGAGGAGCUGCCCAGGAGUCCGCCUGGGGGGCCGGGUUUUGCCGGGGUCAGUCUGAGGAGAGAGGAGACGGGGAAUCCGGGUGUCUUUGCGCAGGAUGUUCAGCCGGGCAGUGCUGAGAGCAGGAAGCUGAGGGAAGGGGACAUCCUAGCUACCAACGGGCAGCUGAUGGACCAGACGGUAACAAAGGAAGUUGGCCUCCUGCAGGAGCACAUGGGCGACGUCCUUCUGAAGGUCACCAGAGGUCCCGUCCCACACCUGGGCAGCCUGGCGGCAUCACGCAAAGGGUCAGGACAUCAUGGCGUGGAGGGAACCCUGGAGAAGAGUGCCUCAGAACAGGCAGAGAUGACGGGGCCAGUGAAGGUCAAAGCCAUUUUUCCCAGAGGAGCAUCUGACCAGGUUCACGACGGCGAGCAGCUGGACACGUUGGAUGUGGAGCUCAUUAAAAAUACUGAAGGAUUAGGAAUCACAGUCGGCAGUUAUGUCACAGAAGAGAGCGCCGAAUCAGUUGGAGUCUUUGUGAAGAGUGUAACAAAAGAGAGUGAAGGCGAGCAAGAUGGUCAGAUCCAUGUCGGCGACCAACUCGUAGCGGUGGACGGGACCAGCAUCCAGGGCUACGGUAACCAGCAGGUCACCGCGCUCCUCAGGGCUACGAGCCAGACCGUGGUCUUGAAGCUCUUGAAGAGAUCCCUCAGACUUGAGGAUGGCCCAGCAGCCCCUGCGGCCCUAGAACCCGGACCAUCGACCGAGGUGGAAAACGGCAACCAGCCCAGUGUGCAUGAUGCGGACCUGGGCGGAGCACUAGGUCUUCCUGUCACAGAGGAGACGCUGUGUCAUUCCCAAACUGUGCCUUCCGGCUCCAACCUUGCUGAAGAGCAGGCAGAUUACCAAGGGGCGACGUUGACCAUGCCUGCAGAAGAUGGAAAUCUGGAAAGCGUCCUUGAGCACAGAGCUAUCCUCGGUCAGGAAGAGGCACAUAGUGGGAGUAGCUGGAAGAGCAUCAGUGUUCAUCCAGAAGGGCGGCGCCGUUGCGGAGCCUCAGUCAUGCCAGAGGGCCCCGUAAGACUGACUGGAGAGCCGUGUGCUGAGGAGAAACUUCUGGAGGUCAGCGGGGUCCCCCUCUUUGGUGAAAGCAUAGCGGAGGGGCGGAGCUUCCCCAAGGGCCUGCCAGCAAGCGUGUCCAUGGUGACAAGUAGUCCUGCCAGAUCUGAGCUGAGUGACAGCAGUGCUGACCAACGCCUUGCGGAGGAACCGUCUCCUUAUGAAGAACCUGGCAAGCUUCAGGAAGGAUCCGAGGGAGACAAGGACAUGGUCCCCGACGUUGACAACAUCACAGGGGGCGAAGUUCCUGUGGAGACCCCGGACUCUCCUCUGGCCAUGUGGGAAGCCGAGAUACAGUAUAUCGACCUGGAGAGAGGGGACGCCGGACUUGGCUUCAGUAUUUUAGACUAUCAGGACCCCGCGGACCUGGCAAAGACAGUGAUAGUCAUCCGCUCACUGGUGCCCGACGGGGUGGCGGACCUCGACGGGCGCCUCUACCCAGGGGACCGACUCGUCUCCGUGAACGGCGCCGACUUGGCAGACGCUGGCCUGGAGGAGGCGGUGCGGGCGCUGAAGGGGGCACCCGCCGGGGCAGUGAGGCUUGGCAUCACUAAGGCGAUAUUUAUGGACUCAAAUGAAGCAGAUUUGAUGAAUGAGAAGACAUUUGAUCCUCAUUACUCAAAGGAAGAGGGCUCCUUCCAAGCCGCCACGCUGGCCGAGCCUGGCAGCACCUGGCGUGCCGGUCUGGACUGCCAGAUGCUUAUGCGGACGUCUGCGCCUGAGGAAGAAGGGCAACACACGGAAACGGCCGACAUGGGGGCGGGUGAUAAGCGAGACGUUACCGCCGCAAGCGAUUUUCAGAGGACAAUCACAGUUGUCAGGGGCAACUCUAGUCUUGGGAUGACAGUGAGCGCGCUUAAGGAUGGCUCAGGAGUGGUAAUUCGCAGCAUCGUUCACGGAGGAUCCGUCAGCCGAGAUGGACGGUUGGGUGUAGGCGACUGCAUCGUAGCUAUCAAUGAGGAGCCCACGCGUAGCCGGAGCAAUGCGGAGGGCCGUGCAUUGCUGCGGAAACACUCACUCAUUGGGCCGGAAAUCAGCUUAACCUACGUACCAGCGGAGUUCUUGGAGACUUACAGAGCCGGGCUGCCCCAGCGACAGGCGGCCGACGCUACGGACGACGCAUCUCCCCUCACGUGUGAGCAUGUCCUUCAGAUUUCAGAGCAGGAAGAAGGCGGGGGAGAGAACGGCCAUCAGUCAGACACGGCCCAGCUCGACUGGAACCAGCUCAGGACGGUGAAGCUGUGCAGGGAGGCGGGCAAAUCCCUGGGCAUCAGCAUCGUUGGCGGCCGUGGGAUGGGCAGGCGUCUCAGCAACGGCGGGGUCAUGCGGGGCAUCUUCAUCAAGCAUGUCCUGGAGGACAGUCCUGCGGGCAGAAGUGGGACCCUGAAGGACGGGGAUAUGAUCCUGGAGGUGGGAGGGAGGGAUCUACGCAGCGCCAGUCACAAGGAGGCGGUGGAGGCCAUUCGCAGGGCCGGGGACCCCGUGGUGUUCCUGGUACAGAGCGUGGCCCAGGGGGCUCCGCCGCCUUUGCCCUUUUUGCAGUCGAACCCGUGUCCAGGCCCUGACCCGCCCUCGCCUUGCCGAACCCCUGCUCCUCCAGAGAAGAAAUACUUGUGUAACUUGCUGAAAUGCUUCAAGCAGCCACCCGCCGUAGAUGUCAGUGAAGAGGAAGAAGUCGAUGGAUUAAACCCAAGCUAUAAUCGCACGGAGUCCAGCAUCCAGUGCAGGACGUUCUCUCGCCUCCCCCCAGCUAAGACCUUCACUCCCGCCCCAUUUAAGCUGUCAGCACACAGGGACAUGGUGAAGACUCCCUUGCCUGCUUACCCACCCCUGGAACUGCCCCAGAUGCCCCAUGUUGGCGAGACAGACACAGAUAUGGUGCAAGAUGUUCCAGAGAGACCACCGCUGCCAUUCAGCUCUGUGGGGAAAGAGGACGGCUUUGGCUACAGCUGGGGGACACUCGAUCGCCGGUACGGGGGCCUGUUGGAGGCGCUGCACAUGGUCGAGCUGGAGCUGGGCACGACGGGCUUGGGGCUGACCCUGGCUGCCAGCAGGGGCUGCUCUGCUACCGGAGUCUUCGUGGAAAGUGUUGACCCUCGUGGGGCUGCUGGCAAGGACGGCCACAUCCUGGUGGGGGACGAACUGUUGGAGAUAAACGGCCAGAUUCUUUAUGGCUGCAGUCACAAGGAUGCCUCCACCGUUAUCGAAAGUGCACCGUCAAGGGUCAACAUCAUUUUUAUAAGGAACAUAGACGCCUUUGACCAGAUGGCUGUGGGAGCUGUGAAGAAAUGCAGAGACGUGCUGGGCGCAGAACCAGAGGAUCCUGGUGGCCUAGUGACUGAUGCUGGUGAGGCGAGCGGGCUGCUUAUCGGGAGUCUGACCGGGGAGGAACGAGUAACGGCAGGAAAUCUCCCGGGGAACGUGGCCGGGCUGCUACAGCCAGGCGUCUCCGUGAACGACCCAGACUUGCUGCCCUCAGCUGCUGAACCAGGAAGGAGAGUCUCCGGUGGGCUGAAAGCCCUCGUUUCCUUGGCGCCAGACCGAGGUUCUGGAAGACCACUGGCCCCAAGUUCUGACCUAUGGUCCCGCCCAAUCAUUCCUGGCUGUGAGACCACCACGGGAGUCCCUACGGGGCACGCUGAUCUCAGCCUCGGCAUUUUGGGAGGGAGUGACAUUCCUUCGGAGGUUAUCGUCUUUCAGGAGCUCUCUGAAGAGGGGGCCGCCACCAAGGACGGACAUCUCCAUCCCGGGGACCAGAUCCUGGAGGUGAAUAGCAUCGAGCCGAGGGCUGGUACUCGCGAAGAAGGUCUUGGGGUCGUGAGUCGGACCCCGCGCCGUGACAAGGCCGGCUGUGGAGAGCCGGACCUCUGGGACGUCUUUACGUUAGAGUUAGCGGGGGAGCCAGGCCAGGAACUGGGCCUCAAAGUUCUUGGGAAAAGGAACGAUCCAGGUGUAUUUAUCUCGGAAAUCCUGCAGGGCGGCACCACUGAGGCCGACAGCAGGCUGAAGGAGGGGGACCGAAUCCUGUCUGUGAAUGGGGAAGACGUCCGGGCUGCAUCGCAGCAGUAUGUGACUGCCCUGCUGAAGUGCUGCUCAAGACCGAUAAGUCUACAAGUGGCCCGUUGUAAAGUGAGGAACAUCCCCACUGAGGGGUCACAGUCACUCUGCAGCCAGCCUGGUUGUUUCCGGGAAGACACAGAGUCUCCGGGAACUGGAACUGCUGGGGGAACAGUGGGCCCUCUGGGGGACGUUCCCGUUCUUGUGCAUCCUGCUGUCCCAGGGGCGGAGUCACCGGCACUGAAAGUGGCCCCCCAGAGAUCUUCACCAGAGCCUGCAGUGGCCGGCCUCCCAGACAGUGGGGGCGCUCUCCAGAAUGACCUCCGCCCCCCCCAGCACAAAACCGUGAUGAAGGACUAUGACUACGCUAGACUGGCAUCGGAAUAUUCAGCAGUGUCCCCGUUAAUGUGAAAUCAGGGUUCAGUGAGGGAGUCACCUUCAAGGCUGAAGCAUGGAGAUCAGGCUGUGAAUCUUCGCGUAAAGGGACCCUCCCGUUGUGGGUACUGCAGAGUGGUGUAUCCCAAGCCGGUCCGCAGGGUCCACGGUUUUACUCUCUCUCAGCUCCCUGCCAGACAGUCCAUGGUGUGAACAGCAUUGGGAAACACCAGAGGACAAGUGGAAUCAUCACCUGCGCUGUGAAGAACAUUCGCAGUAACAUCCUGCACGUAACAUUCGCAGUAACAUCCUGCACGUAACAUUCGCAGUAACAUCCUGCACGUAACAUUCACAGCAACAUCCUGCACAUAACAUUCGCAGUAACAGCCUUUCACAUAGCAUCAAAUUGAUAUAUAAAUAUAUAUAUAUAUAUAUAUAUAUAUAUAUAUAUAUAUAUAUAUAUAUACACACACACACACACAUACACACAUACACAUUAAUCUUUGUAUAUAUAUUAUACAUUAUUUUUUAUAUAAAUGGUGGAUUAUGUUUAUAAUAUUUUAAGUGUGGUACAAAUGUUGGACAGAUUUAUUUUUCAUUUGAUUUCCCAUUUACUGUAUACAUUGAUUUUUCCAUAAGAGAAGAUAGUUAUACAUAUUUUCAUUUUGGAAAGUUGAAUACUAACAGUGGACAGUUGAUUUUGGAAAUUAUGAGCAGAGAUCUCACAUAUUAUUGAAAAAAAUGUGUACUUCUAUCACUGUUUCCUUUACGGUACUAAUAAGUUUCAACUGAAAACGGCACGUUGAUGUUUGUUUCACUAUUUUAGGUGGAUAAAAGACAGUGUCUUCAGAAAAUAAUGGUUUUGCUUCUGCUGUCAUGAUUUUUAAUCAAUCUUGUGGCAUGUCUGUGCAGUGCAAAUUUUCUACAGUCUUUUCAUAAUGAGUUCCAUUUAUUAAUUUCCGUAAAACUAUUCUGAUUUAAAUUUAUUUACAUGAAUAACUAACUACACUAAUUGUGUACUUGGCUUACAGAUGUUCAAGCUACAGUAACUGACACAAUAAAUUCACAAGUGUAAUUCUUAGACGAGGAAAAUCCCAACAGUAAAUAAAUUAUUCUAAGGACUUA